AUCCGUGGUGGCAUCCCAAAUCCAAAGCGAGCCUCCCUUUCUCCCUUUCCCCGAAUCUAUUCCUCUUUUGUUUCCUUCUCCACCUCCUCACUCUCUCUCGAGAUAUUAUUAUUUGCCCUGUACCUCCUCCUCUCUCCGAUCCCUCCUCUCCUCUCCUCUCCUCUCCUCUCCCCCAAAUCCUCUCCCAAUCGCCGAUUCUCUCCGGAAACCACCAAUUCCAGCUGAGAUUCGCCCCCUUCUCCUCCAAAGCUCCGAUUUUGAUUCCCGACGAGCUCUCUUUCUAGGGAUUUUGCGCCGAUUAUUGGGGAUUUUUUUUCGCCUUUUCGAUCCUGUGUUUUGAUGAAAGGGGGGAACGAGGAGGAGAAGAGUAGUAGCAGUGCGGGGCCCCUGUUUCCGCGGCUCCACGUGAACGACGCGGACAAAGGAGGAGGCCCCCGGGCGCCGCCGAGGAACAAGAUGGCGCUCUACGAGCAGUUUAGCAUACCUUCUCAGAGGUUCAAUUCGCAGGCCUCGGCUUUGCCCCUUCCCCCGCACGCCACCACCACCAGCGCCGUCCCUUCCACUUCGGCGACCCAGGGUUUUGCCCAUGAAAGGAGCCUUUUUGCUUCGUAUUUUGUACCUUCUCAUACACCCAUUCACUCUUCUGAGAGGAUGAAUUGCCCGUCGUCCAAUGGGGUCAAUGCUAGUACCAUAAAAACAGAUUCGGAAAGGCGGUCUACGAAACAGUUGACCAAGGGGAUGAACACUGGAGGAUCAGUUGCUGAAUGUAGUGCACUAGGUAUAAAGGAAACAAAUGUGAAAAGUUCUUGUGGGAAGAAGUUGGGUGAUGAAGAUGAUUUUAGGGUUCCUACCUUUGUUCGAUCAGGGGUUUCUCCGCACUCGAAAAAGGAUGGUUUAAUGAGGCAAGAAAAACUGACGCCUUUUGAUGCCGGAAAUCCAAAGAAAAGUUGCCCAAGUUCUAACGGCAAGCACUUGGAAGAAAAUAACAACUCUGAAGUGAAUUCAAGAAAAGAAGCUAAUGGAAAAUCCUCAUCAAAUCAAGAAUCUAGAGAAAAAUUAGGGAAACCAUCCCCAGUUAACAAAGUUUCUAUAGAUAAGGACCGCACAAGUAUUGUAAACUCUUUUGGGAAAUCUCGAAAUGGAAGGGAAGAGAUGUAUCGGGAAUCUUGUGGUAAUGGAGGUACUACAAGGAUGAAAAUGGGGCCACGUUCUCUGUCGAAUAUAAGGAAUAUUAGUAGGAAUUCAAAUCUGGGUGAUGAUUGCUUUAGAGAAGGUGAUGAUAAUAACGAGAAUCGGCCAUUGGAAUUGAAAGAUGCAGAACAAAAUGAUGAAUUAUCUGAGUCUUCGAUGGUGGAAUCUUUGUCAGGGUUGGAAGUAUCUCCAGAUGAUGUUGUUGGGGUAAUUGGUCCAAAACAUUUCUGGAAAGCGAGAAGAGCUAUAGUCAAUCAGCAGAGGGUUUUCGCGGUCCAAGUGUUCGAGCUUCAUAGAUUGAUUAAAGUCCAGAAGUUGAUUGCAGCAUCGCCACAUCUACUUCUUGAAGCCAAUCCUUAUCUGAAGAAAUCUUCACCGCCCACUAAGAACCUCCCAGCUGAAUCUAAUGCAAAAUCUCAGCCACAAUCAGCUAAACAGAAGGAUCAUGUACACAGGCCCAAGCAGAGAACGGAGGAAUGCUCGAAAGAUAACACAGAAGGAAACCAACCUCUCCCAUCUCAUGAAAACGGAGGCGACAGCAAUGCUCCUCAUCAGGUUCUAUCAAACGGACCCAGUAUUGAGAACAAACCUAAUGCUUGGUGUCUUCACCCGCCUCCAAACCAGUGGUUAAUCCCUGUCAUGUCCCCUUCGGAAGGGCUUAUUUAUAAACCCUAUAGCGGACCGUGCCCACCAGCUGGUAGCAUUAUGGCCCCUCUAUAUCCAAGCUGCCCUCCUUUAAGCCAGCCUUCUUCUGCAGGCGACUUCAUGAAUUCGCCUUUUAACGGAGCUCCUGCUUUGCCCACAAACUAUUUUCCACCUUUUGGGUGGGUUAAUGGGGAAGCCAAGCAACACUCUAUUAGCUCAUCUAACAUGUCGCAGUUAAACAGCGACGCUUUUUCUGGCUAUCUCUGGAAAUUUCACGCGUCGAAGGAGAGUGAGAUACAAGGGAGCACCGCGAGUAGUCCCUGCAAGAAAGCAGAAAGAGAUGGGAGGGAUGCGUUGCCGCUCUUUCCUAUGGCUCCAGCUGCCAACGAAAGCGCUUCCCAGAAAAGCCCUUCUCGCUCCGCAGAUAGUAGAAGGGGUAACCCAGCACGGGUAAUCAAGGUUGUUCCUCACAAUGCCAGGUCGGCGAGCGCGUCGGCGGCACGGAUUUUCAGGUCGAUUCAGGAGGAGAGGCAUCAGUGCGAGCCAUGACUUUCUAUCUCUCCCGGAAUUUUGCUUCUGGAUUUGGGCGCAUAAUCUGAGCCAUCGAUCUCUUACGACCUACGAAACCAGAGGGAAGAGUGGCUGAGAUUCAGCCUCCGCUUCUCCUUUGCUGGUGCGCUCACCGCCCGAGCUUUAUCUCGUCUUCGUAGCAAGUAUUACUGAGCUAUGUUGGUUGUUAGUACAUGUAUCUGUUCUGAUCUCUUUGUUGUUGGCCUGUAAAUAAUAAUUCUCAGCAUUUAGCAAUAUUUUGGAUUUUGGCAAAGUUUGUUGUAACCUCCAAAUUGUAUGUCAAGUGGAAUUAUGUAUUCUAUAGCCCGACAGAUUUGAUUCUAAUACAAGUAUUUUGAGUACGAGAGUGUACAAACUUA